GACGCGGCUCGGCUCGCCCAUGCUGACUAGGCAAUGCAAAAGCAGCGCCGGACACGGAUCCCCAUGAACACGUCUUUUCUGCUGACGUCGCAGCUCAAGUUAAAGCGGCUUCCUUCACGCCUCUGUAACUGCUUAAAGGCGCCGUUUCUCCCCUCACCCACCCCACGCAUCUUCGCAAUUACGGCGUCUUCACGGUCUCUGUUGUCCCGGAAUGAGCUGAUGCGCUUGCCCUCGCUGAGCGUUUAAAGUCCACGUCGCGUCUCCUACACCGGGAGGUUGGCAAUGGCGCCUGCGCUGUGAAGUCUGGGACUCCGAACUCUGCCAGGAGAUAAUCGAGGCUUACCAAGGCCGACCGUGGUGACACAUCCGGGCCCACCGCUGCCGUGAUGUUUGCGCCCAUCCCUCAGAACGCAACGCCAUCCCCAGUGGGUCAACUUGGGGCCGCCACUUCGCCCACGGGGCCACCACUUGCUGGCCCUCCAAAGCAUGGUGCGCCCUCGCCCUUUCGGCGAACGACGCCGUACGGCCGGAGAACAACGCCCACGGCGGCGAUGGCGGGAGCGGCGGCAUCUGCAGCCGCACCACCAAAGCAGCCGCUCAUCUCGGACCCUUUUGCGUUUAACCGCCUGCAGCAGCCGGGGCCGUCGCCACCCGUGCUGGCGCAGCCCGUGCCUUUCAACCCCACUGGGAGUGCACCACCCCUCGUCAGCCAGCCAGGACCAACUCAAUUCUUUAACCCGACACAGCCGUUCAACCAGCCUGCUGUUCCGGUCUCCGCUCAGCCGCCGUCUUCUUUGAUAACAAAUCCACCAGCCCAGCAGCAGCAGCAGCACCAGCAGCAGCAACAGCAGCAGCAGCAACUAAACGUGUUCAACCCAAUGCAGCAUGCGCCUGCCGCCACUCCAGCACAGUUUAUGCCACCAUCCCUGCCCCCCACGUCAGUUCCACUGCAAUCCUGGGCAGUGCCUGCUACUUCCGCAGAGGUGGAUCCAUACUUCCAGCCUCAGCAAGGGUUGCGCCCAUCUGGUGUUGAAGCCAUGCCUGUGUCAUCCGCUUCCUCCUCGGGGCAUGGCCAUUUAUACCAGCAAGGCCCCGUUUCCCACGGUUACCAGCAUGCACCAGCACCUCAGCAUCAUCCCCAAGUGACACAUCACAACGACUCACAUUUUUCUCUGCAGCAUGGACAGCAUUCCCAGGUGCAUUCGACUGCUGUCCUGCAGCCUGGAGGCCCUCGGGACUCUUACAUGGGUCCUUCACCAGUCCCACCGCCGCAUCAGGGCCACCCACCCUACGGGCACUUGCAAGACACAGUGCCGAGCGCCACUAUGGAUCCAUCAGGACCCCCGGAACUCGGUGCUGGAUCUGUACAGAGGGUGGCACCUACACAGGGCCUGCCUGGCUAUGGUCAGCCAGCGCAUGAUGGAGCCGUUAAUUACUACAAUCCCGGUCUCCCACAAUCGCACCAAGCGGCGUACCGACCAGGCUCCGGAGAAUAUGACCAGGAACUCUACCCUGCAGAGCGCCUUCCUCAAAAUUCCAGCACAUCUGCCGAGGUCCCUAUGUCCUCUGGUGCACCCACGUAUGAGAGUUAUAACCCUGGACCGCACGCGCAUGAGUAUGCGCCCCGAGGGGAUAUUUACACAGCAUCACCACCACAGCAGCAUCACGGUGUCCCUCAGCUCCCCCCGAAUCUGGAUAAUACAUUGGCGGAGCGUAGCUCCAAUGCAGAAACCUACCCUGGAAAUCCAGCUGCCUCUCGGUACUCAUUCGACGCAUCCUUACAGCAGCAGGGGUUUCACACAGACGUGCAGGGCACAGUGGGUUACAACAGUGGGCCGGCACACGAGGGGGAUCAUAAUGCACACAUGUCCGGCUGCGCAGAUGCCCUAAAAAGUCCCCAGACGGACGUCGACUGCAGCACUGUGUCCAUGUUCUUCAGGGAUGAUGAUGUUGAGAAUUUUGAGAACGUCUCUUCUCACCAGGCAACUAUGGCCCCGACGAGCAUAGCACAACUCCAGCCCAGCGGAUGGAGUCAGGCUGACAGCGCCGCUCGGCACGGUGUACCUGAGGGCGCCAACGUGAACAGCAGCCCUGCGUCCUUCCCUAAUCCAUCUCUUGAGAACCCUGAUGUAAGCCUGGAAGGGUCGGGUGGUGGUAUCGUUGCGCCAUUGAAUGCGGCGUCAACGAUUCGUGGUUCUGGUCACUGGGACUACUCCCAGAACCAGGAGGUUCCACCAAGGGAUCCUUUCAAGCAGGAAAACGUUGGCCAACCAACAAACUCGCCGAGCCAUCCAUUCGGCGCAGUCCAUCCCGAUGGCACCUUGCGGGAUCGGCCCCCGCAGCUCCCUGACAAUGCAGAGCUUCUUCCCAAUGUCGAGACGCCUGACUCGGUGGCCCGGCCAGGCCGACCGGCUAGCGCCACAUCCUCUACGCUGAGCGGUGUCAGUAUGAGCAGUGCUGGCGGACACGCCAAGAAGCCCAUAUAUCCCAAGGUGUCGAACACGUUCAUUCAGCAGGAGAACCCGGCAGGGCCGCAUCCUCAAACGUCGUCAGGCUCGGGGGACUUUUACCAUCAGGUGGCUGCCACCGCCCCUGUGAAUGUGCAGUUGUCGGCCGAUGCGACCGCCGCGCAAGCGUGGCCCGGCAGUCCAAGCCCACCUCGGCCUACGGGCCACUUCCAGUUGAGUAGGAACAGCUCAUUUGAGCCAUUCCGCUCGCCACAGCACUCCGUAGUAGAUCCGGCGGAUGGCGCCACUGCCGCUGAGAAGGCGGGCAGCUGGGAUGAGACGAGCCUCAACUUCGAUGAGGAGCUCAACAAGGAGCACUUUGGCGCCCGGGGUGCACGUCACCGUGCGCUGCACCGUACGCCGCAUGCCAACAUGGAGCUGUUGCCCGAUAAUCAGGAGAUCCCCAGCGCCGUGGCGGGCCUGGCUAACCCCGGCAAGCCGCCGGUCGGUGUGCAUUCAACGCCGAGCGAGCGGCGGCCCAGUCGGCCGUUGUCGCGCAGCUCGGCGCUGCGACAGAUGACGGAGAGCCCCAUGACGACGCUGUGGGCGCAGGAUGGGGUCCCCGGCCUGGACGAGACCGUCAUCCUUGCUCCAGCCGCACCUGUGCUGCAACCACCGAGGAAGCCAGCAGCCGGAGGAGAUGUAAUUCAGCCUCCGGAGGAGGAGAUGGGCACCAGGUGUGGAGGCGCGAUCCACGGAUACACUGGGCCCACGGUGGAGAACAUGGAAAUUCCACCAGUGUCUAAAAUGCACGGGCCAGCUGUGAUUGGACCAGCCAUCGGACCAGUCAUUUGUCCCGUGGCCCCGUUGGACAUAGGUCUGGUUCAGCCAAUAAUCCUGCCGCAGCCUCAGUUGGUCCUUCCGACGGCUGCUGAUUUAUCACGCAGGGGAAGCAACCAGAUAUCUGAAAAUGGCAUUGUCACUCGCACUCAACCCGAGUCACUGAUGCACCACUCGGCACUUUCACAAAACCUUCUGCUGUCCUUUGUGCCGUCUGAUUCAUUGACCAUCUCUACUGUUCCCGCCAACAGUGCCGCCCCCGUGCCCACGAUCCAGGGUUUCGUCGGUGGGCAACUUUUGGCAGAAGGAGCUCGUUGCGCUACAUCUCCAGCCAUCAGUCAGCAGCCCCAGAUGAUGUCAUCACGGCAGGAAGAAUCUCUGAACGCGCAAGCCGCUCAACACAGGGAACGCCCACCCAGUGCUUAUGGUAACCCGUCUCUCGUGGGCAUGACCGCCAUUGAUCCACCGACGACGGAGAAUGUGCUGCUUAGCUUUCCGACUCAGGGUGAGCAACACAACCCUUCCGUUUACCAGCAAAUUGAGAAACCCAAGAGUGGCGAUCAGGCUCUCGACCUGACCGUGCGGCAAGCAGCAUUUGCUCAAGAGGGCACCAUGAGGACACAGGAAGGUGGUCCCAUUCAGUUGCAGCCAACAUCCACUGUACCGCCAUGUCCAUCACGGGUGUCAUCUCACUUGCAGUCACAGCCUUCUGCUUGGCAGCAGGUACCAGGUCCAUCUAUCACGCAGCAGCAGCCACAACAGCAACAGCAACCGCAGCAGCAGCAACAACAACAGCCACCAUCCAAAGCCCAGCAACCUGUUGUUCAAAUUCCACAAGAAAUUGUAUCUGGGAAGAGCCAGUCAUUGGAGCAGCUAAGCGAGCCAACUCCAAGCCAUCAGGUGCCUCCCUCCUCACAGCUUCCACCUCCACAGCAUGCCGACUCAUCUGCAGCCUCGACCCAUGUGACCUUGGCAAACCCGCCUAUUGCUGACUCAAAGGCAGCACUGCAGCAGCAGCCAGUUGUGACCUCGAGUUACCAUUCUCUCCCAGAACGAGCAGCAUCAGUUGAAGUCACUGCAACUACUCCAUAUCCACCCGAUCAACCUGUACGGACACAAACUGAACAGCAGCAACAACAGCAAGAUGGUUCUGUAGCUUACCCACCCAACGAUUCUCAGCCACCAGUUUCUUCAUCUCACUACCCAACAGGGGCGCCGCCACAGCCGUCAUCAUCUCAACACUCGGCUGCCGAGCAUCAGCAAGCAGGACAGUAUGCGGGCAGUCAGACGGGCGGGCGCUACCCGGGCGAUGAGGCAGCUCGCUACGGCGCCGCUGCCGCUGCUGGCACCUACCCGGGUUACCCACCGCUGCCAGCAGGGACAGCGGGCUACGGGCAACCGCCGUACCCCUAUGGCACCGACCCCUGGGCACAUCACUACUACCAGUACUACCAGCAGGCCGACCCCAGAGCAGCCCAGGCGUACUACGAGCAGAACGGGCGCAGUGCGAGCUACGAGCAGCCUCUGUCACGACAGGGCAGCUACCAGGGCGGCUACGACGCAUACGGCCGCUACCGUCCCCCCGAACCGGAGAGGCCCAGUUCCCGUGCCAGCCACUACUCAGAGCGGGGCCCCUACGACAGGCCAGACGGCUACUACGCAGACAAUUAUUACGGUGCCAGGGCAUAUGGUUACCCGCCCUCUCAGCCAGACCAGCACAGAGCUGAUGGCUACAGUUACGAUCAAGAAAUGCAGCUCCGGCAUCCUGGCUACUAUCAGGACGUCUACUAUGGCAGGCGGGAGAACUACAUGGAGAACUGGCCGUCGGAUCCACGGCUUCCGCAGGCGGCCGACGACGACCCAUACCGCCGCGCCUCUGAGGCCUACGCGGAAGACUUUGACCGGCGCAGCGUGCACAGCGAACGCAGCACGCACAGCGUGCACAGCAUGCGCAGCGAGCGGAGCCACCGCAGCGCAUUCAGCACCCAUUCGCAGCAGGCAAGGAGUGCCGUGUACCGUGCGCCAGCCCAGGAAGUACAUGCCUACCAGUCCCAGACGCCAACGCCCGCCUCGGAGAGUUACCUCUAUGAACAGUACCCGAGCGCAGGCUACGAUGCGACCCAGGGCUAUGGUUACCAGUACGACUACACUAGCCAGCCGUGGCAGUCCGGCGAGCAGGUUGCCCCGGCCCCCGUGAGACCGAUGACCCCAGAGAAGUUUGUGGCGCCGCACACGAUCGCGCGGUUUGGCCCGGGUGGGCAGCUCGUAAAGGUGCUGCCUAACAUGCCAGCGGAUGGGCAGCCUGCCCUGGUUGAGAUACACAACGUGGAGGUCAUGAUGCAGGAGAGUGAGGAGCAAACGGAACUGCGCUGUUUCCCAGGACCACUGGUGAAGGACGAGACACACAAGGUGGACGUGAUCACCUUCGCUCAGAACAAGGCUAUGGAGUGCCUCCGUAAUGACAAGCUGAUCGACAAGAAGUCAGCCGCCCUCCUCUGGGAGCUGCUCGUGCUCAUCUGCCGGCAGAAUGGGACGGUGGUGGGCACCGACAUCGCUGAACUGCUGCUGCGCGGCCACCGCGCGGGCUGGCAUCCAGGCCGGGCCCCAAACGACGAAGCCAACCUCAUCGACCUGAGCGGGGAGCUGGGGGCGCUCUCGGGGCUUGAUGACGACGCUGGCGCCGCCGCACCGCAGCCCGCGCUGCUGCUGGGCGCCCCGGAGGCAGGCCCCGUGGGGCAGGCAUCCCUGCUGGGCGAGGGGCGCCUGUCAAGCGAGGAGGCCAUCGCUCAGGCCACCGAUCGCUUCCGCCAGCUGCUGUUGUUCGGCCGUAAGAAGGAUGCCCUGGAGUCAGCAAUGAAGAACGACCUCUGGGGCCACGCCCUGCUGCUCGCCAGCAAGAUGGAUGGCCGCACGCACGCCAAUGUCAUGACCAGGUUUGCCAACAGUCUGCCCAUGAAUGACCCGCUGCAGACUUGCUACCAACAGCAAUCCGGAAGGAUGCCUGCAGCCGCCACGUCAUGCUGCGACGAGCGCUGGGGAGACUGGAGGCCUCACCUGGCCAUGAUCCUGUCCAACAUCACGAGCAACCCCGACCUGGACCGUCGUACCAUCACCACCAUGGGCGACACGCUGGCCUCCAAAGGGUUGGUUGAUGCUGCUCACUUCUGCUAUCUGAUGGCCCAAGUGAGCUUUGACAUGUACAACAAGCGGUCAGCCAAGCUGGUGCUGCUGGGAGCCAACCACAGCAGCCUUCCCCUGGCCGAGUUCAUGAGCAACGAGUCGAUCCAGCGCACGGAGGUUUACGAAUACGCGCAGUCGCUCGGCUCCAAUGGCACAAGCGCCACGCUCUCCAACUUCCAGCCUUUCAAGCUGCUGUACGCCAGCCGGCUGGCAGAGAACGGGUUGGUGGCGCAGGCCAUGCAGUACUGUGAGGUCAUCGGCAACACGGUGCUGGAACACCCGUCGCUCUACACCCACGCCUUCCUCGUUCAGCUCGUCAGUCUGUCGGCGCAGCUCAGGCCGUUUGACCCACAACUGAAGGAAAGGCCCGAGGAGGAGCAGUUUGUGGACCCGGAGUGGCUGACCCAGCUGCGCUUUCUGAAAAAGCAGAUGAAGGAGGGGCUGAUCCAGCCGUGCUCGGGCCGCGACACUCCGCACGGCUUCGACUCAAGCGAGACGAGCUCCAUCGUGACCCCCUCGUCCUCGGAGCAGCAGCUCAACGUGCCCCCAACGCAGCCCCAGCAGCCUCCGCUCGCUGCCCACCAGGCUCCGCCCCCUGGCAUGCAGGCCCCGCCCCCCGGGUUCCAGGUCCCGCCUACAACGUAUCUGGGCGAAGGGCCACCAGCAGGCGGGUUUCAAAUGCAGCAGGCGGUGGUGCAUCAGGUGCCGCCUGCGAUGCACCAGGCGCACGUCGGAUCUGAAGGAGUGCAGUUCAUGCAGCCGGGCAUUCCCCACGGCGUCGAGUCUCAAGCCGCUUUUCAGCACCCUGGACAGCAGCAAUCGUUUGCACCUGACGGCGGAUCUCCUGGCUUCUCUCCCACACACCAGCAGCCCGGCUAUGGCCCGGGCUACCCACCCACCAGCAUGCAGCCUCCCAUGCAGGGUGUUGGCUACAUGGGUCAGGCCACCUCGUAUGGAGCUGCUGGGAUGGCGAUGCACAGUGGGGAGCAGCAGAGCGUGGGGUACGGGAUGCAAACUCCGCAGGGCCCCGCGCAACAUGCACAACAGAUGAGCUUUCAGCAAGGUGAUCCCUCCCUCGCGACGGUGCAGGAGAAUGGCGCCGGAGGGCCAACGAAUCAGCAGAGGGACCACUUUGAUGAGGGCGCCCGCAUGGAGAGGCGUCGGAGCUCCCGCCUGUCGGAGACGUCGAGUUACAGGGAGAGGCGUCGGAGCUCCCGCCUGUCGGAGACGUCGAGUUACAGGGCCACGGGUCGGCGCUCGCGCACGCUGUCAGAGUCGUCCGUCCACUCCAUCGGGGUGGACAGCAAUCCGAUGGCGCCCGACGCGAAGUUGCUUUCCAACAAGACGGAGAAGAAGGACAAGGAGAAACCCACGGACAAAACUAAGGGGUCUAAAGGCGGCUGGUUCAGUUGGCUUCUCACAAAGAAGAAUGAAGCCCAUCUGCCGGAGGACAAAAACAAAUCUAUCGUGUGGGAUGACAAGAGGAAAAAAUGGGUCAACCUGGAGGAGCCCGAAGAUGAGAGCAAGCCGCCACCUCCGCCACCAAUUACAGCUGCACAAGGGGCACAACUCCCCGGCGCCGCCCCUGGCUCAAUGGGGCCCUUGCAGGGUCAACAGGGCCCUGGUGGGCUCCCAGCACCCUCUGCCCCCCAGGGGGGGGUCAAUAUGUUCUCUCGCAGAGCCGUUGGUGCACGUGGCCGGGGCCCCUAUGUGGACGUGAUGAACCCCGGUGGUGCCGCUGCGCCGCCACAGACGACCGCGCCACCUCCGGAAAUGUUUGCUCCGCUCGCCCCCAUGGCCAGUCUCAGCAGCAACUUCUUUGUGCCGUCCGGCCCAGUGCCCGUCGAGCAGCAGCAGCAACAGCAGCAUCAGCAAGAGCAGCAGCAAGAGCAGCAGCAUCAUCAUCAUCAUCAGCAGCAACAACAGCAGCAGCCCCAGGAGAUGCCACCUGCAGGGGUUGCGGACGGCCCUGCGCUGCCCGUCGGCACCCACACCGACGCACCAGGCCCCCACGUACAGGCGAAUGCAUCGGAGCCACAGGGCCCUGCUGCAGGGUUUGUGCCCUUCUUCAACCCCACGCAAUUCACACAGCCCACGGGGAUGCCAGCCGGUGGCCAGAGAGGGGGUCGGUUGGGAGCGCGCAAGUACCCGGCCAUGAAGUGAUCUGAGCCUUGCGACCUUCACGCCGGGCACUGCGAAAUGGUGGCGAAUUUCUCCUACCAAGAAUCUUCUCAGUGUCUGUAAAGAAUUUUAAUAAAUAUAUAAACAGCCCGCACAUACACGCACCGCACGCCAAAAGGUUGAUGGAUAUUGAUGGAAUUUAUUUACCAGGUUAGAGUCUGAAUGUUGACUGUGAAUGAUGUAAUCCAUACCCCACCUGUGCUGUAACAGCACAGAGUGGUGGUCACGGUUUAAGUGCUUCAUUUGCUCUUAAAGAAAAAAAUAAAGAGGAAAUUGGUCUUGGGAAUAAAGGUGAGGUGUCUUGUGAUUUUAUUUUGUUUACGUUAGAAAAGAGGCGCUGUGGAUUCGAUUGAUUUGCAAUCGCCUGGCUGAGAAGUAGCAAGCAUUCACCAUCACGAGACACGGGGGGUAACAAUUGCAGUUAAACUGUUGUGGUAUAUUUUGAGAAGUUUGUCUGACAAAAGAAUCGAAUAAGUGAUUCAUUUAAACAGAAAUGCACAUUGUCCUAUGGUUGGGGGCGUUUAUAAUGAUGGAAACACCUGGUCGAAUGGCCCCAGAGACAACAUGGCAUUUUACACAUUCCUCUUUUAUGUGUUUUGUGUUGGGUAUUUGUCCUCACGACUGUUCUCGGUGGCUUACAUUUGACAAAUGCGAUGCCCUGCGAGCAGUCUUUUGGUUGUUACCGCGGGAAGGAAGUACAACCGUCUAUUCUUCGAGACCACGGCGGCUCGUGAAGAAUUUCACCGAACACGCAACGCAGCGGCACACAUUCCAUUGUGUGCGCUUCACAUGUCACGACAAAUGCAUUAUAAGUUGGGUUUUAAGUUUUUAUUUUGGUUUCUAUAUUUAUUUCCCCGUUUCGACUUUUUUGUUUGUUUGAUUUAAUUGCGUUAUAUUUGGUUGCAGUUGAAUAAUUUAUAAGGGAUGGAUGUGCUUUUUGGAGGGAUAUUUUUUUCCCCAUUCGACGCAAUUGCUCAGAGGGUCGCUGCUCAUCUCGCAUGGUGGGGUCACACUCACACGAGCCACAUUUAGACAAUCGUACGCAAAAAUAGAAAUCUAUUUUAAUGGAUGCGGCAGCAACAAUGAUUCUUCACGAGGAAUCUAUUUGCGUACAUUAUCACCGAAUACGCCCAAUACACGAACUCUUUAGACACGUUCAAAAUCACCCCAGCAGAAGCUAGCAACUUUCUCACUGCCAUCUGACAGCUGUGUUGCCUAUCUUCAAGCCAGCCUUGAGUUUAAAAAAAAAAAAUUGAAUGGAAUUUUUUUAACGAGACAAACAUAAAAUCUUCACCUUAAUCUCAGCUGGAAGUGACAGCACUGCUCUAAGGGAAGCAUUGGUUCUCCAUUGAGCUGUGCUUAGGCCGUCUGAGCAUAAGUGACGUCUGUGGUGAAAAUCGUUUGCUUCACGUGAUGGCGAAUAUAAACACUGUUGUGAUUUAUACAGGAUCCUUCUGAAUUGGGGUUUUAAUCCGCAGAACAGUGCGUUAUGUGGUAAAGAAAUAUAGAAACCAUAUUUUAAUAAUGUUUGUGCCAUUCCAUCUAUUGGCACUGAAAGCCCUAUUUAUAACAUCACAUUAAUAGCUGUAAAUGUAGCGCUCUUUUUAUAUUACUUUUACAAGCUGAGCCUUUUCCCCGGUCCGUGCAGUGUAGAGCAGAGGUGUAGGUGACAAAACCACUUUAAUGGCUACCCAUGAUAUAAUUUAGAGUAUUUAAUAUAUUUGUAUAUGAGCAUUGAGAGUGGAAAUGGUGAUUUAGUUGCACCCGUCUGUCCUGUUAUUAGGCUUGAUAAGUUUAAAAUUGAUAUUGUAUUAUUUCUCUCCUAAAUGUCAUCAUGUGGCAGUGCCUUAACUUCAAUUUGGAGCCACUGUCCAAACAUCUCUCGUGUACAAUUCAUGUAAAAAGAGUGGGGGAAUUCCAGGAAGUGUGGUAAUAUCCCUCACGCGUUGCACUGCACCUCGCACGGGCACUACAGCGGCGUUGCCAAAUUUGGAAAAAUUGCCCUAAAUUGCGCGAUGUGGAAAUCACAUAAGCAACAUCAGACCGCGGCAACAUUUAUCAGGACCCUCGUUCAAAAGAAAUAUGGCUCGGUUACGCUUUCCUGGGUGAAUAAAUGUCACGAUGCUGAUUUUCCCAAUGCAAACCGUUUGCCAAUGCUGAUUGCCCAAACAGUUUGCUGUUUUUUUUAGCAAAUGGCAUGGGCGAAUAAUCUGAAGAUAAUGGCUCCUUGUUUACUGAAUUCCGAUGACUUAAGUAAUGUUCAUAACUCUUGCUUUAAAGCUUUCGUGACUGCAGGAAUUCAUACUCUUUGGGUCUUCGGUUGCCUGUGUUGCGAUCGAAACGUUGUGAUCUAUUAUUUUUCUAUCUACGCGACUUUACCGAAAGACCCAAAGAGGAAUGUGCAUAACAUUUAGGUGAAGUUUUAUUUCGGUUUCUUCAGCUCGUGUUCAGAAUCCCAAGUCAUUGUAACUGGGCCCAAGGCUCCGAAGGCUACAUUUCUUGUGAUCUCCACGAAUGUUCAUGUUGUGUAAGGAACGAUUUUACAGAAGUCAAGAAAUUAUCCUGGUAAUGCCUACUGCAUAGAUUUGUUUGCAUUUUUGUAUACAUAUCGUGUAUUUUAGAAUCGGCACAACUUUUUCAGCACGAUGUCCGAAGUUUUGCUCUAAAGAAGCUCCCCAACACCCCAAGUAAAACGUCGGACAUAAUUCCGAAACCGUUCUGGAUACAACCCGAAAACGCAUCGCAACCUAAAUAAUUGCGUCUAGUUUGAUCAUUUGGAGCACUUCAUGAUUGAUUCAUUAACUACCAUUGUCUUACUAAAAUUGUACUUAGUCCGUUUUAUAAAGCACUGGUAGUUUAACACUUAUUGUGUGUUAAGCUGUGUUAUCGACACGUUUCAUAUUUGAGGAUAUGCAUUUUGUACGGCCAAUUUGUCAAGCCACUGCUGGAUUUAGGGCCUCUCCCCAUGCUGCGCUGUUUGUAAUAAUUAUUUGACUCUACUUCACACUGGUCAGUGUGGGUUGGCGAUGAAAGGUGGUGGGGAGCAUGUGGGGGAAUAUAAUUUCGGUACAACCAAUGGAUCUUGCUGCACAGUCCCCUUUCACUUUACCACACGCUUAAUACAAACAAAAAUAUACACAAUUAUUUUUUACACCAAAAAACAAAUGUACGAAGUGACACCAAAUAGAAACAAUAUUGGCAAGCCUGUGACUGAGACCCGAAGUUACGCAUGCUCAUCGAACCCGCUGAAGAGCAGUGGUUGCCAACUUAGCGAUGUUGUCCCUAAGAUGUAGCGACUUAUUUUCGGGUUUCCCUUGUGUCAAAUUUUGUCUAAGGGACGAACGACAAAUCUAGCAACUUUACCCACAUACAAUAUUUUGCAUAUGCAGAAGCGAUCCCAAGUGUGUAUUAACAAUCCUGUAUCCGUUUACUGUGUGUAGUACUCUGUGAAUAAUCUCGUGAGACGUUCUGAUGACUUUAAAGGGCCUGUUUGGCGACAUCUCAUGACGGAGGUUCAAUUUUUUUUGUUGAUUUUCCGUUUUAAGGAGUUGGCAGCGCUGCUGAAGGUCCCAUUGUGCAGACCGUGUCUGCUAGAUGAAUGCGUCGCUUGCAGGCAUAUUUUUAUACGUGCUUGUACUGUCAUGGGGAUGCUUUGCAUUAAAUGAGGGCUUUCUGACCGAUCGCUUUUCAAACUUUCCUGUUAACCUACCCCUAUGUUGUGAUUGGUAAUCUUCGAUUGUGUUUCUCUUGUCUUAUACUGGACUGGCUGGGAGUACGAACCGGCUCACAUCUUUAAAAAAAAAUCUAGACAACUUUAUACGUCUCGAUUUCAAAGAUUAAUAUACUGUAGAGAAUAUUAUCACGGGCGUUGUUGUAGUAGCAGGCAGGAUUAAAGUAUUUUAGCUUUCUUGAACCUUAUGAUGGAGGGAUAUUAAUGUUGUUUGUAAUCUGCGGAAAGAAUCGACGUGCAAUAAGCUAUGACUUGGUCGAGAGAACAAUCCACGUGUUUUAAAUAAAUGUUGAACCCUAACCGGUAUAUGGGGCCUUUCAUUUAUUUGGAUUAAAGUGCUCCAAUUUGAAUUUGCGAUUAUUUCGAUGCUGUUAAUAUUAUUUUGCAGUGGUCGAUUAAAUCCGUGACCCUCGAUUUAUUCAAACCGACGGCCACGAUGGAUUGUGGAUACAUGGAAUUACAAAUUUAAAUCCCAAUGUGGCUUUUCAAGAUACGGUACUUAUUUAGUCUUUAAUUUGGGAUUUUUCAAAGACCUUUUAAAUGCCUAAGAAAUCUGUGGACUUGCACGUUCAUUAUUGGGCAUGAAUAUUCCUCUGGAAUCUAAUUCCAAUGUUAUUUUAAUGUUACGUUUGCUGAACUUUUCCAUUAUUAAGCAAUGGCAGUAUAAUGUUAAGUGUUGGUUGAGGUAGUAUGUCCACAGAUUUUGAUAGGCAUGACAAAACAAAUGCUCUGGAUAGUGUCAGCUCUUUGACAGAAACACAUUUCUGAUCUGAUAUUUCAUUAAUUGGUUAAAAUACAUUUUAGGAUGUUUCCUGUUUAAUAAAUGCAUUUGACAAAAA